GUGCGUUCAAUGCCCCUCCGGAUUUUCUAGGGCCUUCCAUAUUGUAAGCGGUCGUGGUACGUGUGCGGCGUUCAUGAGCAUCGUCAACGGCCGUCACGAAAGCGGAGAUUCGCCUCCACCGUCGCCAGCAUCAGCAAAGCAUCUGCGGUCGCGGUGGCAUCGCCGCAUCCUGCUGGGGGGCGACUUCUCGUUGGCGGGGAAGAUGACAAGGACGGCGAUGACGGUGGCGUUUCGGUGUGGAGAAACGACGCCAGAGGACAUCAUUUUCUCCCUCGCGCCGCCGACGUCGUCUUGUUUUCGGAUGAGAGCGGGAGGAGACAAAUAAACACCAUCGCUCGCUCUUUAGCCGGCCAACGCUAAGCUAUCACUUUAGCUCCACGGCUGGCUGCUUUUGAUUAACCUCUCACCGCCCCCCCCCCCCCGCCACCCCGUUCCCCGCCAUGUGGAGACACGCUGACGGCGAAGAGGACUUUUAAAACACCGUAGCUCACGAUUAGCAUCACGGCUAAAAUAGUUAGCUCAUCCCCCCCACUCCUCGGAUUUUUCUUUCUCUCAAUGAGGAUGCUAACCGAGGGGAGCGACUGACUGACUGGCCGACUGAAGGUGCACCUCAACACGCUCAUGAAGGUCAUGACAGCGAGAGAAUGAUCAUGCUGGAAAAACAGAGCUCGACGCAGGAGAUCGGCGAGGAGGUGGAGGACGACGCCAUCUUCACCAUCACGCUGCGUAAGGUGCAGCUGCACCACUCGUCCAGCAAGGGGCAGCGCUGGCUGGGCGUGGAGACGGACGCCGGCCUCAGCCUGUACGAGACGUGCAAGGUGCGGACCAUCAAGGCGGGCACCCUGGAGAGGCUGGUGGAGUACAUGGUCACCGCCUUCAAGGGCAAGGAUUCCACCUACGUCACCAUCUUCCUCUGCACUUACCGAUCGUUCGCCACCGCCAAGCAGGUGCUCGACCUGCUGCUCAACAGGUACGCCAGGCUCCAGAAUGUUCCGGCGGCGACGGCGCAUCGCGUCUGCCAGGACGACUGCACCGAGCUCAGAAACACGGUGUCGUCCAUCUUGGGUGCCUGGUUGGACCAGUACUCGGAGGACUUUUGGACUCCUCCGGGCUACGACUGCCUCCACCAGCUGUUGUCGUACCUCCACCUUCACUUCCCCGGCUCCGACCUGGAGCGUCGCGCCCGCAACCUGCUGGCACAUUUCCACAGACGGCAGCAGCGCGAACCCGACGCCGACGGCGAGCACUUGGGCUGCCCGUUCGCCACGCAGGAGGAGAGCGGCUUUGAGGACGAGCUGCCCGCCUUCAGCUUCCUGUCCUUUGACCCCAUCAUGGUGGCCGAGCAGUUCACGCUUAUGGACGCGGACCUGUUCAAGAAGGUGGUCCCGUACCACUGCCUGGGGGGCAUCUGGUCGCAGCGCGACAAGAAGGGUAAAGAGCACUUGGCCCCCACCAUCCGCGCCACCGUGGCCCAGUUCAACUCGGUCACCAACUGCGUGAUCAGCACCAGCCUGAGCAACGCCGCCCUCAAGCACAACCAGAGGGCCCGACUCCUGGAGAGGUGGAUCGACGUGGCCCGGGAGUGCCGGAUCCUGAAGAACUUCUCCUCGUUGCGAGCCAUCCUGUCCGCCCUGCAGUGCAACGCCGUCCACCGCCUGAAGAGGACCUGGGAGGAAGUGUCUCGGGAGAGUUUCCGCACCUUCCGCGAACUUUCCGAGAUCUUCUCGGACGACAACAACUACUCGCUCAGCCGGGAGCUGCUGGUCAAGGAGGGAACGUCCAAGUUUGCUACUUUGGAGCUGAAUCCCAAGCGAGCUCAGAGGAGGCACCAGCAGCAGCGAGACCUGGGCGUGAUGCAGGGCACCAUUCCCUACCUGGGCACCUUCCUCACGGACCUGGUCAUGAUGGACACGGCCAUGAAGGACUACACCGAGGGUGGCCUGAUCAACUUUGAGAAGAGACGAAAGGAGUUCGAGGUGAUCGCGCAGAUCAAACUGCUGCAGCUGGCGUCCAACAACUACAGCUUCACGCAGGACGCGCACUUCCGCGAGUGGUUCGCCUCCGCCGAGAAACUCAGCGAGGCCGAGAGCUACCAGCUGUCGUGCGACAUCGAGCCGCUCUCGGAGUCGGCCAGCAACACGCUGCGAGCCAAGAAGAACGGAGGCAUCAUGAAACGAUGGAGCGAUCGGCAGCUGGCCGAGGGCUCCUCCGGCUGCCUGGCGGCCGGGAGCGGCGGCGUUGGCGCCUCGGGCUCCCACUCCAAGUCCUUUGACCACGCCCACUUCCGACCCUACCAAGAUGGCGGAGAUGCCCUCAGCGUCACCUCCGUCAGCUCCAGCGGCUCCGACCUGGAGGACGUCAACGCCAGCUUCCUGUCGGACUCGCCCGAGGGACACGAGAGGAAGACGUCCACGCCUUCGGUGAAACUUUCCGUCUCGGCGCUGGGGAGGGAAGCUUCGGCGGCAGACACGACCUCCACGUUCUGGGAGUGCACGUCGCUGUCGUCUCUGGACGCGUCGGGCUCCACCGGCUCGGCGUCGGGCUCCAGCACGGCGUCGUCGUCGUCGGUGUCGUCGUCAGCGGCAACGGCGGCGGCGCCGUCGUCGUCGCUCUCGCUGUCGGCGUCGCGCUCGCACAAGCGCUCGGCGUCGGCCGUGUCCAACUACUCGACGCUGUCGCUGCCCCUCUACAACCAGCAGGUGGACGACUGCUGCAUCAUCCGCGUCAGCCUGGACGUGGAGAACGGGAACAUGUACAAGAGCAUCCUGGUGACCAGUCAGGAUAAGACGCCGGCCGUCAUCCGCAAGGCGAUGAUCAAACACAAUCUGGAGAGGGAGAAAACCGAAGACUACGAGCUGGUGCAGAAGAUCUCCGAAGAGAAAGAGCUUCGCAUCCCCGACAACGCCAACGUCUUCUACGCCAUGAACUCCAGCGCCAACUACGACUUUGUGCUGAAGAAGCGGGGGCCGGCGCGGCCCCCGCGCGCCAAGACGGUGGCCAGCUCCACGCUGCCGCGCAUGAAGCAGAAAGGACUGAAGAUCGCCAAGGGCAUUUUCUGAGAGCUCGGGACCUCAAUUUGCAGAGGGGGGUCUUGGGGGGGGGGGGGCAAGUCGUCGACACGUCGCACCAUCGAACGGACGCCGUCCCGGGAGUGGGACGGCGGUGGCGCUUUGGAAUUUCCCACCCGGCGUGUUGACGCGCUCAAACGGGCCUCGUCCCGUGGGCGGGAUCCCCCCCCCCCCCCCCCCCCGGAGACCCACCGGAUCCAGAUGUUCCCGUCGCCCGCGUUGUUGACAAAUGCUCGUCUCGCCGGUAGGAUCCGGAUUUUCACGUGACGGAGUGGGGGGGGGGCAACGUGUAUAUAUGUCAGCUGUGCCGAGUUCUUUUUGGGUGCUGAUGAUGUUUUUGUUGAAGCGGUGCCAUGUUUCACUCGUUGCCGUGACUGCAAGGACACUUUGGGAAUUUUUGACCACUAGCGGGCAAGGCCCAGCAAUUGUUGUUGCGAUCGGCGGGAUCGACGUUUUAUUUUUUAUUUUUUAUUUUUUAUUUUUAACGAGGGACUUUGCACUUAGGACAGAAGGCUCAGUGCUUGGCAGAAAUGACGACAAGGCUGGUGGUUAUUUCUUAGUCGGGAUUCAAAUCGGCAAAUAUAAACCUGUCCCCCCCCCGACCCCCCCCCCUUGUCUCCCCCCAAUAUUUAUCUCACAAAAAGAAAACACUCGUUUUUUUCUUGAACAUUUUUGUCAAUUUUUGAAAAAUUACCUUUUUUUUUGCCUAAAAAAAAGAAGACAUUUCCUAAAAAGUUGAACUUGUCUUGAAAGAUUCCGACUUUUGUAACAUUGACUUUGUUGUCAGCUUAUUAUUUUUUCUUGUGAAAGUCCGUCUAAUUUUCUCAUAAGAUUACAAAUUCCCCCCCCCCCCCCCCCCCCCAAAAAAAUCCCCCUUACUUACUUACUCAUAAGAGUUCAUUUUUGAGAACAAAAGCCUUUUCUCCAGAUUAUGGUGUUUUUUUGGGGGGGGGGUCAUGAAUAAAACAGCACUUUCGUCAUAAAAAAUUCCAAAUAUUCUCAUAAAACUCCAGACAGUAUUUAAAAAAAACCUGACAAUUGGAGUAAAAAGCUUUCUUCUCCUUCAAUUUUGGAUGUCUUUCUUUUUUUUUUUAACCUGUUGUGAUUUCUGCUGAGCACUGUCGGUCAAAGUUGAGCUUUUCGGAACGACGAAGCGGAGGGCUCGGCAAAAGAUGCCGAAGCGCCGGAAGCGAUCUGGUUUGAGUUCCGACGCAACGCAAGCGCGUUGGAGUCUGAGCCGCCGGCCGAUGCCGCCGGCUGGCAAAGCACCGCGGGAAGCUUCAGGUCGAGCGCUGUGAACAAAUGACAACAAAAAGAUUCCCGGUGGAUGUGGUGAGCGGGGGACAAGUUGCCAAUCAAGUGAUCAAUCUGCCUUUUUUUGCGCUGGGAACAAACAUUUGCAUUUGUUAUUUUUGUUUUCAACAGAUGACAACAUGUUAUGUCACAGCCGAUGACAUAACGAUGUACAGCUGAUAGGUUGCACCGAUGACGUCAUACUUGAUGGCCUCAUGACAUUUGUCACAUGACGCUUAAACGUGACGCCCGAACAACUCGACGGGACUUUUGAGACUCAACUUCACAUCAAGUGUCACUUCAUAUCAUGAUCUUUUUUUUUACUAUUGCAAACAUUGCGAUUGAACGAACCUGUGGUUUAAUUCAUUUUAAAAACUGUUUUAUUACUUUUUUUGGGGGGGUGACACAUGGGCAAGACUUUGUGCGUUGUUGUCUGAGAUGAAAAGACAAAUUGUGUUUUCCGACGUUUCUGUGAUGACUGUUGCGCGUUGGCGCGUGGUGACGAUUUCCCUGCGGUGCUUGGAAUGCGUGUGCGUGUGUUUGCGUCCUAUUAGUGGCUGUUGCCUUCCGCUUUGCCCCCCCCCCCCCCAAUUUGAACUAAAAAGACUGGGCUAGUUUUCUAUGUCUCUUCCUUCACUACUUUUCUCGUCCCAACAACACUCUUAAAAACAAUGUAGAAUACAAAAACGUGUCCCCACGGUUUAUUUAUUGAUUUGUAUAUAGGUUUUUCUUUUUGCAUUGUACAUUCCCUCUUCUCUUGGUUAUAGAUUAAUAUAUUAAUGUACAUAUGAAUAAACCGUUUAUAAAAGA